UCUUACUGGGCCAGUGAGGGUAUACGACUGAGGGUGGAGCAGUGUUGAUUGCUUCCUCGUGUACUGCCAUGUGCAGCUGAAGUCGACAAAAGUGGACAAAAGUGUCUAGUCCGGUUGUACAGUGACUUAAACUUAUUUGGUUCAAAAUGGCCGCGUUCAGCACCUCGUUCCAGACCGUAUUGGAGAACAAUAUCCGCCAUAUGUAUUCCUACACCGGAAAGAGGCCUGUUCACCACCACCGCUAUGUGCACCUGCCCCGUGUGCGCCUCCCUACCCCCAAUAGGAAACGCUACCCUCGUCGCUUCUACGACUUCUACCCCGAAAUGAAUAUCGGCAUCCCCAGAGCGCCCGCAUUCAGAGAGGUGGAUCAGAAAGGCAUGGACGACAUCGUGACGAGACUUCAGACACGUAUUACGUGCCAGUCUGAAUCCGCUCGCAGACGCUGCAGGGAGAAACUCGGCACCGACAGGACGACGACAGUGACGAAGAAUAAGUCAGCAGAGGAGAUAGACGACAUCACGAAACGUCUCCAACGCGGAACAAAGUGUUCAAAACAGCGCCACGGACAGCGGGCUGAGGCCAACUUGAGACUCCCGCCUAUUAAUCUGCGGAACAGUGCUGGACAGAGUGAGUGGGUGAUGUGACCCUGACGGUCGUUACGUCACAUAGUGCUGACCACACUUCUUGACCACGUUAUGACAGAUAACCCACCCGCCAGGUAGGCGAUAACGUUACGCCGGGAAUAACACGUCUAUCGGUGUAUAACCUCUGAAUGCGACCAUAUACCCGUAUCACAAUAGUCUGUUUUUAUUAUAUAUCAUUGGACCCAGAUUGGAUAUACUGCCUGUAUCAAUGUUCACUGACAACAGUUGUAUUGAAACUUGCAGUGUAUACCACGGACCUAAACCAGGGUAUAUGCUGACUAUACCCAGAGUAUAGUAGUCUACCUAGAACACAGUAUCUCGUUCACUCAGAUCCGAGGAUUAGUUAAUACACUGGGAAUAGGUUAUACCCAGAUGUACGGGCGGCCCAGUUGUCUAAGACGUCAUAUUUACAGAGUUGCGUCCCUUAGGUGAACCAGAAAACUGUGGUCGUGGGUUCUGAUACCAGA